AUGGCUAGCAAUCGAACUCGGCGCGUUGGCAAAGAACUGGCCGAUAUUCACGCCGACCCCCAUUCUCAGAUCAAGGCGGAACCUGUGGGCAACCAAGAUGAUGUGACACACCUUCGAGGAUCAUUCCCAGGUCCUCCUGAUACCCCGUAUCAAGGCGGUACAUACAAUAUCGAUAUCAAAAUCCCCCUAGACUACCCGUUCCGCCCCCCAGUGAUGAAGUUUGAGACCAAAGUCUGGCAUCCGAAUGUCAGCAGCCAAACGGGCGCCAUCUGCCUCGAUACUCUUUCCAGCGCAUGGUCACCCGUCCUCACUAUCAAAUCAGCUUUGAUUUCCCUCCAGUCAUUGUUGAGCACGCCGGAGCCCAAAGAUCCUCAAGAUGCGGAGGUUGCCAAUAUGCUUCUUCAAAGACCGAAAGAAUUCGAGCGUGUUGCGCGCGAAUGGGCUGUAAUUUAUGCCGGUGCACCUUCGACAGGUGGCGACGGGUGUGUCGACGGAACGGCAGAGUCUCCUGUCACAAUUCAAGACAAUUCUUUGGCACUGUACAAUGGUUACGAUCAAGCGCUGGUUGAUACCUUCGGCGCCAUGGGUUUCCAGGUUCCCGAUAUUGUCCGUGUAUUUGCAGGACUUGGAAUUGACCGUCAAAGCCGAACGCUCAACGAUACCCAGAACGACGAUGUCUGUGCACAAUUGCUCGCUGGAGUUUGA